CCCAGCAAAGGGCACAACACAACUGUUGUUCGUUGUGUUCACAUGCUCUUCACCCUGCUCCUGCCCACUCUGCUUUUCACCUGCCCCCUGAUAACCCAUUCAGUCCUGAAAGGUCCUUAGUGCCUGGAUUUUGUCAUCCAGCCCUGCAGGAUGCUCCCAUUUCUCCUGAGGAUGGCUGUCCCAGACAGAGAGGAGGAGAUGGAGGUGGAUACAAAGAUUGAUACGGAGGAGGAGAUGGAAAUAGACGGAGAAGACGCUGGAGAGGAAGAGAUGGAUGUGGAUGUGGAGGAGGAAGAAGAGAUGGACGUGUAUGUGGAUGAGGAAGAAGAGAUGGAUGUGGAUAUGGAAGAGUCCAUUGAGGACAUGGAUAUUGAUUAAGAAGGUGAGGA